AAGAAGCAAGGAAUUAAAACAGACAAUUAAAUUUGGCUCAAUUUGAGGAAAGACGCCUGGGCUGUACUCUUGUACAGUCUCCACUACGCUCUGGCGAAAGAUUGUCUCACCACGCUCUGGCGAAAGAUUGUACGCCACCUCUUUUAUUUGGACUUUCUCUGAUUACAUGGCAACAGCUGUUUCUAAGGGACGUGGGUCGUAAACAGCAAUCACCUUUGGUUACAACAGUUCAAAGAAAAGGUCGUGAAACAGUUCAAACAAGCAGUGCCUGGAGGGGAGUCAGGCCCUGCUUCCUCUCCGCUGUGUAGUUCUUGGGUCAAACAAUAUCUUUCUGUUGAUUGCAAUACAUGAAAGAAACAGAACACCUUCAUGUUGCUUCCCAUCCUACACAGUGGAGUUUUACAAGCCUUUUGAUUGGUAGGAUUAAAGACAGCUUUUGUCCUCUCGCCGGGAACUCAAUGUAAAACAAAGUUUUGUGAUAACUUAGAUACAAUUAUUCUAACACUCAUAGUUAAUAUUGAAAAUCCCACGUAAACGAGGAGCGACGUUCAUAUGUUGUUAAUAUUAAGUGUUUUAAUGUUCAUAGUUAAUAUUGUAAAUCCCAAGUAAAAGGGGAGCGACGUUCAUAUGUUGUUAAUAUUCAGUGUUUUAUUGUUCAUAGUUUUAAUAUUGUAAAUGCCAUGUAAAAGAGGAGUGACGUUCAUAUGUUGUUAAUAUUCAGUGUUUUAUUGUUCAUAGUUAAUAUUGUAAAUCCCACGUAAAGGGGGAGCGACGUUCAUAUGUUGUUAAUAUUCAGUGUUUUAUUGUUCAUAGAUUUAAUAUCGUAAAUACCAUGUAAAAGAGGAGCGACGUUCAUAUGUUGUUAAUAUUCAGUGUUUUAUUGUUCAUAGUUAAUAUUGAAAAUCCCACGUAAAAGAGGAGCGACGUUCAUAUGUUGUUAAUAUUUAGUGUUUUAUUGUUCAUUUGUUCAUAGUUUUAAUAAUGUAAUUCUCACAUAAUAGAGAAGCGACGUUCAUAUGUUGUAAUAUUCAUUGUUUUAUUGUUCAUAGUUAAUAUUGUAAAUCCCACGUAAAAGAGGAGCGACGUUCAAUUGUUAAUAUUUAGUUUGAUUUUUUAUAGUUAAUGUUGAAAAUCCCACGUAAAAGAGGAGCGACGUUCAUAUGUUGUUAAUAUUCAGUGUUUUAUUGUUCAUAGUUAAUAUUGUAAAUCCCAAGUAAAAGGGGAGCGACGUUCAUAUGUUGUUAAUAUUCAGUGUUUUAUUGUUCAUAGUUAAUAUUGUAAAUCCCACGUAAAAGAGGAACAACGUUCAUGUUGUUAAUAUUCAGUGUUUUAUUGUUCAUAGUUAAUAUUGUAAAUCCCACGUAAAAGAGGAGCGACGUUCAUAUGUUGUUAAUAUUCAGCGUUUUAUUGUUCAUUGUUAAUAUUGUAAAUCCCACAUAAAAGAGGAACGACGUUCAUUUGUUGUUAACAUUCAGCGUUUUAUUGUUCAUAGUUAAUAUUGUAAAUCCCACGUAAAAGAGGAGCGACGUUCAUAUGUUGUUAAUCAGCCUUUUAUUGUUCAUAGUUAAUAUUGUAAAUCCCACGUAAAAGGGGAGUGACGUUCAUAUGUUGUUAAUAUUCAGUGUUUUAUUGUUCAUAGUUAAUAUUGUAAAUCCCACUUAAAAGAGGAGCGACGUUCAUAUGUUGUUAAUAUUCAGUGUUUUAUUGUUGGUAGUUAAUAUUGUAAAUCCCACUUUCUUUAUUUUCAUGUACAUUUUGGGUGUCCCGUUCAGUAAAAAACUGUAAAAUUCCAUUCCUUUUUUUUGAGGUGGACAUUGUGACUUUUGGUAUUAGUGUUCCUGGAAAAAAAGGGACCCAAACACAUACUGGACAGCAGAUUUUUAUAGCUAUGUGUACAUAUCAUUUAUACACACGUACACAUUGGCCCCCCCAGACACAUGUUAUUCCCUCAAUGUGUCCCCUGAGUUAAAAUAUGUGUCUAGCUCUGUACUAUAUAGUGUUUGCAAACCUCCCAUUAAUUGCAACUGACCAUGGAGUCAAUAGUGCGUCAGUAAUCCGGGACUGCAGAUAACAUUUUGUCCCUUUUGCGUUGCAGUUCACCACCGGCGUGGCUAACUGAGCUCACCUUGUUUGUUUUGGCAGCACAUUUCCAUAGUUACCAGGGCUUUACUGGGCUGGAAAGCUCACUAGGUGGUGCGUGUGCCGAUGUCUGCGUGUUUUGGUAAAACCCAGGAGGCCGAAAUGUCUGCCAAAAUGAUCAAAAGGGGAAAGCGGCAUUAUUCUCCCAAGGGCAACGACGCCAAAUGGUUUCCUCACCCAGAUGUGCCGCAGACCGAGGGCAGGAAUCGCGAGCUGUCCACCAGCACCGGGCUCAUGCUGACCCAAGUGACCGACUCGCUGCCACAGGCCUUCGACUUCGAACGCUUUCCGAAAGUGCGGAUCGAGCACAAAACCAGGACAUAUCCAGUGUCAGACAUCAACAACAGGCUUUCCCUCCACGACAAUAUCAUCGUUUUCGACGACGGCGCGGGACGCAGAAAGUGCCCGCAGGACGCCAGCAUGCACAGAUCUCACUUCUGCCUGUGCCACGACGGCCGCAAAGGCAGCGUCAAAGUGGGCGACUCCAUCUACCGGGCCGACUACGCCACGCAGCCGACCGUGGAGGAUACCACCGCCACCAGGCGCUUCCCGCGUGACCACAAGACGAAGUGCGAGAAGACGGCUACGGCGCCGGGGGAAGGGGACUUCAUGUGGUUUGGGAAACAUAACCGUGACGAAGAGAUCAGCAUGGAAGUGCUGGGCUUCGCCAACCUUAAAACAUCCAUCCGGCCGUAGGAUUCCCAUUUAAAGUAGCUUAAUAAUAAAUAAAAGACCUAAUGCAAAAUAUAUUGUCUGCAGUUCUGUGCAAAAACAAAUUAUUGUAGACAACUAAAUGAGGCAAUUCCUGAAGGAACUGGACGUUGAGUGGGUCUAGCAUAAUAUUGUGAAAGUCCAGUCCAUAGUGGAUCUAACAUAAUAGUGAGAGUACAGUCCAUAGUGGAUCUAACAUAAUAGUGAGAGUCCAGUCCAUAGUGGAUCUAACAUAAUAGUGAGAGUCCAGUCCAUAGUGGAUCUAACAUAAUAGUGAGAGUACAG